GUGUAUCACGUGACUGUGACUCGGGGCGGGGCUAUGAGGUGAUGUGCUGGGAUGUACUUUGGGUUCCCUGGCUGUGGCUGUCAGUAUGCUCAGUGCUGUUACGUACACACAGAGUACACAUGGUGCUUUCACUCUGACUGUUAUGCAAUAUUUGAAGAGCCUGGUUUACAAAUCUCCCAUUAUUUGUUCAUGUGACAGGAACUGACAUCUCAUAGGUAUGGCUAACCCGGACACAUCUUCACCUUCAAUAUCUUCAAGCUCCUUUGAAAUGGUAGAUGCCAUAGAGAUAUAUGAGCCUGUGAUCCCGCAUUGGUUCUACCAGAGCAUACACGAUGGCAGGGAAUCUUGGCUUCCUUUUAGCAAACAAGAUUCGGAUACCUUGGAGGAAGCCUUCUGUUCAGGUUGUAAUCCACAGGGCUUUGUGAUUCCAACAUGUGGCGGUCGUUAUGAUGUGUAUUUGGGCAGUCGGAAACGGCGAGCAGUGUACUGGGAUGAAGCAGAGUCAGAGGUGCAGCGAUGUACUUGGUUUUACAAGGGAGACAAGGACAAUAAAUAUGUUCCAUACCCAGAAGAUUUCAGCCAAGUGUUAGAGGAUGCGUACAUGAUGGCGAUGACAAGGAACGAAUGGAAGAAGAAACUAGAGUCCCCCUUUAGAGAUAUAAUUAUUCUCCAUAACCCAAAACUAAUGGUACAUUACCAACCCACAGGAACUCCAGAUGAAUGGGGGGCUACGCCGAGUGAGCAGGGUAGACCCCGCACAGUCAAGAGAGGAGUGGAAAACACUUCUGCACACAUACCUUGUGGGGAAACAUCUCACAUUGAUCACUUGGUAUUUAUGGUCCAUGGCAUUGGUCCAGCUUGUGAUCUUCAAUUUAGAAGCAUUAUUCAAUGUGUGAACGAUUUUCGGUUUGCGUCCUUGAGGCUGUUGCGUGGUCACUUCAAGAAAGCUUUGGACCAGGACCUGAUUGGGCGUGUGGAAUUUCUCCCUGUUGACUGGCACAGUGCUCUUCAUGCAGAUGCUACUGGUGUUGACAAUGACAUCAAGAGGAUUACACUCCCCAGCAUCAGUAUCCUCCGUCACUUCACCAAUGAGACACUACUGGACCUCUUCUUUUACAACAGUCCAACGUACUGUCAGACUAUUGUGGACACUGUGUGUGGGGAGAUGAACCGGCUCUACCAGCUGUUCCAGCAGAGGAACCCAACAUUUAAAGGACAUGUAUCUGUGACUGGACACAGCCUUGGUUCACUCAUUAUGUUUGACUUACUCACUAACCAGCAUGACUCCACACCAAACAAUCCUGUCCAAACAAAGGCUGAAGGAGCAAGUCCCCCGGAAAAGAAGCAGGCGCUAGACAAUGUCUUGCAGGAGCUGGGGCUCACCGAAUUCCUUACUGUGUUUGAGCAGGAGAAGAUAGACCUGGAUGCCCUGGUUCUAUGUUCAGAACAGGAUCUGGUAGAUUUGGGAAUCCCAUUAGGUCCUCGUAGGAAAAUCAUUCAAUAUGUAAAACACAGAGGUGGCCUUCAGGGCAUAACCUCUGUGUCUGAACUCAAGCAGCCUCCACUGGCAUCGGGUAGUACUCUCAAUAUGGUAAAUUAUGAGUGCUUUGAUGUUGGGAUCGGACAGGUGUCUGUAACAUAUCCGCAGCUCAAUUUCUCACCUGAAAUCUUCUUUGCCUUGGGAUCCCCUAUUGGUAUGUUCUUGACUGUAAGGGGAUUGAAGAGAAUUGAUCCCAAGUACCAAUUCCCAACAUGUAAACGCUUCUUCAAUAUUUAUCACCCAUUUGACCCCGUUGCAUAUCGGAUUGAACCAAUUGUGCUCAGAGAACUGGAAUUUGAACCUAUGUUGAUACCUCACCAUAAGGGCAGGAAACGGAUGCAUUUAGAAUUGAAAGAAGGGCUUUCUCGAAUGGGAACGGACAUACUAGGCUCACUGCGUACAGCCUGGCAGACCUUUACCCGACCGGCUCCACCUUCCUUACCACAUUCUACUGAAGAGGCUGCUGAUCAGUGUGUUUCUGAUCUUCCUUUGACUUCUGAAGCUACUGAACCUGAAGCCCCGGCACCUGUUAAAGAAGAUCCUCUGCACAUUGAUGUGGGGAUGUUGAAUGAUGGACAGCGCUUUGAUUAUGUUCUCCAGGAAAAACCAAUUGAAAGCUUCAAUGAAUAUCUCUUUGCACUACAGAGCCACCUGUGUUACUGGACAUCUGAAGAUACUGCUCUACUAUUUCUAAAAGAGAUUUAUCAGACUAUUGGUGUAAGCAUGGAUCAGCCAUUACAAUAACACUCCAUCUUGCUGCUGUUUGUUAAGGAAAAUGUGAAGAAACAGUAAUUCUGGUGCCCAGGAGUGAACACCUUCCCACUUUGACUUCUGAAGCAGGGUGGUGUAAGCAGUGCUGGAAAGAGAACACCGUGUACAUCUCCCAAACAUCUGCUCCUGCUCGAUGUCCUCAUCACAUGUAACACCUCGAAUCCCAGUUUUUAUCUAAAUCCAGUCUUUGAUGACCAUUCAAAUUUGUAACACUGUUUUAAAGUUACAUUAUUGUUACAUGUUUUAAAUGGAAAGCAUUAUUGAAGGUUGAGGUUGAAUUUGCAUUCUGAUAAAUAAUUUGUUGCACUACU